AUGAUGACUGAAACCGCCCCUGCCGAAAAAAGGCGGCGACUCGAUCGUGUGACCGCAGCCUGUGAUCUUUGCAAGAAGCGGAAAGUUAAAUGCGACGGAGAACAACCUUGCGGAUACUGCAAACGCAAAGACUGCGCAGUUACCUGUACAUUUUCCGGUCCCAAGACUCGCUCUGUUGGCAACACUCCGAAUCAUCAAAACACCAACUCAACGCCACAUACAGUCCGAAGCAGGGCACACAGCGAAGGCAACACUCUUCGACCUGGAAGUGGUGACGGGUUGAACCAAGAUCAGAAUCAAGUUGGCUCCUCACUCUCCCCUACCACAAGUAGAGAUGACCACCAUGAAGACACCGUCGUCCCACUUGAAGGACGGAUACUCCGAGAUGCCCAAGGAAAGUUCAUCUUCAUUGGCGACUGUGCGCCGCUAUCUUUUCUUCAGACGGUGAGAUAUCUUAUCUCUUCCGAAGUCGAUCCGGAUGGAUUCCCUGUUCCUGCAGCACGAGACUGCAUCAUUGAGAUCGCUCGUCCCACAACUGCAAGUAGACCCUCGGAUACUUCGGUCAAUGUGCAUAAUGUGCCACACCUGGUCAGCAAGUACCUCGUAGCUACGAGUGGCCUCGCAGAGCUUUUUGAGCGCGAAGAGCUGGUUAACGAAAUGAAAGCGUGGGCUAGUGGCAUGAUGCCGCACACAGAUGACGCCGCGAGUGCCGUCUUCUUCUUGGUACUUGCCAUAGGUGCACAAGAUAACGACGAGGCCAGAGCGGACGCCUGGUUCGAUCAUGCGAGAUCAGCCUUGUCUAAGAAUAUGUGCAACAUCAUGAAUGUCGCGACUGUACAGGGUUUCGCCCUCGUAGCUAUCUACAUGCUACGUGCAUUUCAGCCAAAUGGAGCUUACCUCUACUUUUCUCUCGCAGCCCGUACUGCGUACGCCAUCGGCAUUCACCGCACUGAAGUGAAUGCCUCCUUCGGUGGAUCGAUUCGAACUAUGCGAGAUCGGAUCUGGAAGAGUUUGCGAGUCGUCGACAUGCUUAUCAGCACCAACCUCGGUCGUCCGCCGUGUACGUCGGACGUAGACUGUACCGUCAAAUACAACAUCGUCCAGAUAGACAAUGGGGUCGCCUCUAAUAUGCUUGACGCCAGUGUACAGAUAUUCAUGAUCAUCGAACGGGUGGUGGUUGAAGUCUAUUCUCGAAAGCGCAUCUCAUUACGGAUAGCAGACUUCGUUUCCCGUCAGCUGAAAGGCUGGGCAUCUAAUUGGUUGCAACCUUUGUCCGAAGCAAUAGACCGACCUAGUGUUCGUGACACAGCCGACAUUACACUCGUCGGUGCUUGCUCGACGCUGUGCUCAUACUAUUACGGCAUCAUGUUGCUCACGAGACCGUUUCUUAUCUAUGAGAUCUACACGUUCAUGGGGGCUUCGAUGAAGGGGACACACACACAAGGCGACCACGCGAGCAAGCGGAAAUACGCAGACGCCGCACUUGACGCUGCGACAUCUUUUGUCGAGACACUGCAAACAGUGAUUCGCACUGGAACUUUACCACACAGGAUGCCACUCAUCGUAUCUUGGUUGUUCACGACUUCCCUCGUCCUCGCAGUCGGUACUCUUGGACGUUCGGGAUCCAUGUUCGUCGAGAAUUGCGAAGCGUCCAUCCGAUGUUUGGAAUACUUCAGCAGUGUGGACCCACACGCAGGACAAUACUCGCGCAUAGUGCGGUCACUACUCAAACUCACAGCCGCCCAUGUCAAGAAACGCGAGAUGCAGUUACGCAUAAAAAGGAAGCAAGCUUCUUCUGAAUUGUUUGGUCUAUUGACUUCGGACUCCCAUCCCCCAACCGAAGACCCAAGCCUGGAUCGCUUCCGACAGUCAGCUGAGCCAUCUCCACCAUAUGAUCUAGAGGGAUCUGCCCCCGCCCCAGCUCCCAUGGACUGGACUAUGUAUGAUGCUGACUUCUUCGCCUUACCCUGGCCCACAGAGUACGACCCUGGUUUGCAAGACUUCCUCCAACCUGGGACUCACAAUUCGGAUGGUGCAUCGGUUGCGGAUAUCCCACUGUUCCCGAUUCAUGACCAGCAGGUGAACCAAGGCUUCCAUCCAUAG